UUAGGGCUCUUGUUAAUUUGGACAGGUAUGGGGUGGGAGCGGCAGCUGCUUGAAUGCAUAGAUAUCUCUUCGCCGGAUGUGAAGAGCCUGGCUCUGCAGCUCAGAAAGGCAUGCUUGGAAACUGGGUUCUUCUACGUUAUCAACCACGGGAUCGGCGAAGCCUUCAUGGAGGAGGUGUUUAAUCAGACCCGGAAGUUCUUCGAGCUUCCCUUGGAAGAGAAAACGAAGGUGCUACAGGACAAGAGAAAUCGGGGCUAUACCCCCUACAGCGAGGAGAAACUCGAUCCUGUCAAGCAAAUUGCUGGGGAUUCGAAGGAAGGCUAUUAUAUCGGCCGUGAAAUCCCGGAAACUGAUCCUAGAGCAAACGAGCCUUACCAAGGACCAAAUCAGUGGCCUUCACCAGAGUUACUACCAGGAUGGAGGCAAACAAUGGAGAAGUACUUUCAAGAGGUCGAGAAUUUAUCUAGGCGGCUCAUAAAACUCAUUGCGAUCUCUCUGGAUUUGGAUAAGACUUUCUUUGAUAAACCAGGGAUGUUUGAUCAUCCAAUGGCACUGUUGCGGUUGCUUCACUAUCCAGCUGGAGUUACGAAUCCAGAGAAGGGAGAGUUUGGUGCUGGCGCUCAUAGUGACUAUGGGAUGCUUACGCUUCUUGCGACUGAUAGUGUUCCUGGUCUUCAGAUUUGCAAAGAGAAAGAUGCCAAAAAGCAAGUGUGGGAGGACGUACAACCGAUCAAAGGAGCUUUCAUAGUAAACCUGGGAGAUAUGCUCGAACGAUGGACGAACAAUCUAUACAGGUCAACUCUGCACCGCGUUCUGAACCAUGGAGAAGAGCGCUACUCGAUACCUUUCUUCAUGGAGCCAAAUUUUGACUGCAUUGUGGAGUGCCUGCCAACCUGCUGCAGCCCGUCCAAUCCGCCAAAAUAUCCUCCCAUCAAGAGCGGUGAUCACCUCACAUACCGUUACCAGAUUACUCACAAAGGCUUGGAUGCAAACGCUAAGGAAAGUGUUCCCCAACCUGUCCACUAGGACGAUGGCAAUGUAAUGUGUAUGGUGCCUUCAUCUUCGUGAGUUGUCCAAAAAAAAAUCGUGCUGAGCUUGGCUCGUAUAUGGUAGGCGUCAGAGCGUUGCCGCGCCUCGAGCAUCUCUGAGUUCUUUGUCCUCAUAAAUACUUCAUGCAGCAGGUCAUAAACGCCAGCGGUGAACGGACAGAGCAUGUAGUUGAAAACCUCCGAGAUCUCUGACAGUCGGUUCAUUCGCUCGUAGGCUCUGAUCAUAGUCUCGUACACACCAGGCGUUCUGUUGAUUCCUUUGUCGAGGAUUGCGGUGAAGAAAUUGAUUCACGACUCGUAAUAGCCAGCUUUGAAACACACCUCCAACAACAGCACGUAGACGCUGCCUCUGAUCCAACAAGAUCUGUCCAUCUCCUUGAAGACUGAAAUGGUAUCAUCCCAACGUUCAGCCUCCGCGAAGGCUUUGAUCAACGUGAUAAAGAACUGCUCGCCGAGCUUAACAGUUUCGUGGUCCACAGUUUUCAGCAGCUCCAAGGCUUCGUCGUAAUGGCAGGCCCUGCAGUAAAGGCCCAGCAUGAUCACAUAUGUUGCUUCAUUAGGCCGGCUCCAGCUGCUCAGCUUUCACGUAGGAUUGCGACAGGCAAUUGUAGAGGAAAACAUCCGGCUCAAUAUCACGAUCCUUCAUGAC